AUGGACGACGACGAUGAAAACGACGACGACGGGUCGAGAAGCUCAAAUUGGGAGAGCAAGAGGAGGAAGCGGAGGGAAGACGCGUGCGACGCGUUCGUCUCGUCUUUACCGUCGUCGUCGUCGACAUCAAUAUCGAAGCGAAAAUUGAAUUCGGAAUUCACUCCGAGAGAGCAAAUUGAAAUCGUUUUGCACGCGUUUUUGAUGUCCACGAAUAAUGGCUCUUCUUCCGUCUGCGAGGCGCACAAAUCCUUGAAACUGCUGGAGGAACGUCAUAAGGUGUUGACGCUGAGCGAGGAAACGAGAGCGACGUUAUUCAAUCAUUUGAGAAAAAUGGCAAACGCAGACGCGAUUGAGGUGAGAGAUAUUUUGCACGUUUUGAAAGGAACGAACAAGGAAAAGUCUACAUGGAAAACAGAACGGAUGGAUGAAAAAAUAUCCACGGUAUUGGAAUUGCUCUAUGCGAUGCGAGAGUCACCUCGAGCGUGGGUGAUUGGCGAGAAAAGUGUGGAACGUUUCAUAGAAGCGUUGGUGGAAAAUUUUGAACACAGAAGACGCGGGGGAGAACCCGGCGAGGAAAAAAGCGAAACCGACGGCGAGGACGGCGAGAAGAAGUUCUGGAUAUUGAGGUCCGAUGAUGAUUACAACGUUUGGAAUUAUAUGGAAACGGUGAGGAGCAUGGUAAAGUCUCUGAGGUUAGCGGCACAUCCGAACACGUUGUUGUUGAUGUCUUCGGCGGCGUCGUUUGCUGGUGGUAGUGGUGGCGAUGAGAUCGAUGGUGCGACGACUACCGCGGACCGACGCGCGCAUGAAAAUAGAGGAGAAGGCGAACACGGAGGAGAUGGAAACGACGACGACGACGAUAACGAGAGAAAUAAAGUAAAGAAUAAAACGGACGAAGAACUGGAAGAAGACGAGCGCGUCGAACAAUAUCGGGCAGGGUAUAAAAAUUUGGAAAACAACCGGUGCGCUUCGAGCGCGAGGGCGUUUGCAGCCAUAUUCGAACAAAUACAGUUACGAUGGAUGCAUGAACAUGGAUCCGAGAUCCUAGGGAAUGAGGGGGGAUGGUCAUUGCCAGAAGAUGAUAUUGUAUUUCAAAAGGAAAUACACGCGCUGAUUGAAGAAAUUAACGCGUGCAUUCCUGAACGCAUAGAUAGUUUUGACUCAUUCGCAAACGGAUUGGACGCGAACAGAGUGUGGGCAAACGCGUGCGGAUUCGCGCUCCGAAAGUGCAUGGAGGCUUUGGAGGACAAAGACGACCCGAUUCGUGCGAAAGAGUUUGACCUUCUGGAACGUAAGAUGCGAGGCAGUAUUGAUAGCAGAUUGGUCGCGUUGGCUGUCGUUGAAGGAAUGUUCCUGAAAGGCAAAGAAGAGAAAGAGAAAGACGAAGCCUGGAAUGGAUAUCGAAAUGAAAUAUUCUUCUUGGAGCCUUCGCAAGGGAUCAUUCUCGCACACGAUAUCUUGAAAUGUAUAGCAAAUACUAGAAUCGUCAUGGAUGACGACGGAGACGAUGACGAUGACGACGGCGACGACGAAGAGGAAGAAGAGACUGAUGAAAAUUCUGAUCAUCACCAAAAGCGAAGCGAUUGCAUCGUGAAUGUUGGCAUGGAUGCGCUUCGCGCGCUUGCCGUGAAAUUAGACUCAGUGUCCGUGCAAGCGGUGCUGAAAUCGUGGCUAGAGCCUCGAUUAAAGAGCCAAAAAUUACACCUCGGAGGAGAUGUAGCGAACGAAAACGACAAAAACAACAAUAACAACGACGAGGAUGGAAAGAACAGGAACGAUGACUUUUCAUACUUCCUCGGUAAGAAGCAAUUAGAUGCGAUGGCGUUUGCGAUGAUUCCAAAAUCCGACCGUCUCACCUCCUCGGCUGGCUUUGCGCUCGUUCGAGCCUCGCUCGAACUUUCAAGUUUUCUCGAAGAACUUUCUCAAAACGUAGACAAUUUUAACCGGAGCGUGAACGUAAACGCCGACAAAAAGAGCGAGACGGUGGAUGUGCACAUUUCGGACGAAGUCGCGUAUAACACUUCGAGUUUGUUCGCGACCGCAGCAGCGUUGAGAAUAUGUGUCAUCGAUAGAAAAGCGUCUGAAGACGAUUCAUUUCGUCGACUCCUCGCGCUCGUUGAUGUCGAAGCGUGCCUAGAUGCGAGGACACGUCAAAAAGCAGACCUGGAGUUGUGCAGAAUUCCAGCCUCUAAAUGGGUCGCCGCUUGUUCUCGAUGUCUAAAAAAUUCAGAGCCACUUUUGAACAAAAUGCAAAGCGGCAAUUCCAUAAUCGACGACGACGAUAAGCACAACGAUAGUUAUAGCGAGCGCAUGAUUGCUGAACGACGAGUUUCAAUUACAAAGCGUGCCGCACAGGCCAUCGCCAAAGCGGCGAGCAAUGGCUCUUCCUCCAUGCCGCCCGAUAAUAUCGCGCACAUGUUGGUUACGUCGAAAUGCUUGCGUUUAUGCUCGGAAGUUGCCUCGAGCCUUGCCGGCGGUAAAUUGAUCACCACACCAGCAAGCGGUGCUAAAUCUACGCCGCGAGUGAUGAGAAACGACGACGAUGAUGACGACGAAAUAAGCUUCUUGAGCUUGCCGAAAGAGUCUCGCGCGGCUAUGGUCGGAGCGUGCAUAUCCCUUUUGAACUGCGCCUAUCUUUUACCGGCGAACACCUACGCGAGACAAAGUAUUUGGGAUGCAAUGUUCGCUACUUCAGGACGUGUACUCGCAACGAAAUGGGCUCUCGAACGCGCGAAUGAAUGGAACGAUCUUCGGGCAAUCAACCCGGCGCUGCGAUUUGCAGCGGCGCUCGACGACGAUACUUCGUUGAUGCUUGGUCGUUCCACGUUCAACUUGAAAAACGUCGAUGAGGAAGAGCAGCGUCAAAUUUCGAUUCAAACUUCGAGGAAUGUUGCCAUUGCACAUGUCGUCGCCGCGGCGUGGUCGAACGGUGUCGAUGAUGAAGCCUCUAUGGAUAGAGAAAACUACGCGGUCAAAGAAGAUGACGUUCUACAUGCCAUCUCUGCCAUCUCGAGAGAUGCCGCAUUUGCGCGUUCGUCGUCCUCGAACACGCACACGCACAAUCAAAUGGCAUCUUUCCUAACAAUUUUUACCAACGAAGACGAAGAUGAGGCCAGCAAUAACGCCAGAGCAACCUUUGCGAGUCUUCGAGGGAGAGCUGAACUCGUCUCGCGCGGAUUCUCUCACUUCAAGAAGAAAGCUUUCUCUUCGCAAAAUUUGUUGUCCUUAUACAAAACGGCGAUGCACUUUUGCUUAGCAUCCGCGGCUUCUGCCGAUUCGUCGAUACUCGAUGAAGGUAAAGGUGGAGGAAAUCUCGACCCAGAUGCCAGAACUAUUGUCAACGAUCGCGGGGCGCUUUCUCCCGGCGCGGUCGUCCUCGUCGCGUCUGAAACAAUCGAAGCCUUAUCGGACGAAAUUAGAAAGUGCGAAAGCGGAGAUCAACAACAAAGCAAAGAUCAAAGCACCACCAUAGCUGAUGCAGAAAUGGUGUGUUUGCUGUUUUUGGACGGUUUACGAGCCGUUCGUGUUGUGUGUGAACUCGAAGUGCCCGGACCGGUGAUGGCUGGGAGACUCGCGAUGGCGUCCGCGUCCACUCUGUUGUCGUUAUCGGUCGUCUUUGCAAAAUUCAGCAACCAGAACUUGCAAGAUAUUGCCAGACGAAAGAACAUGCUGGAGAUGUGCAUUCAAGGAAUCGAUGCCUUGAUUGAUUGCAAGGCUGUGUACGCCUCGCCUCGACGAUGUAAGGCGCUACUCGACGCCGCAACGGCUGCCGCAAAACGCACUUCGGCGCUUUCCGCUGAAGAAAUGAUAUCGCAAGCGAAUACAACAACUACAACUACCGCACCCACUACUAUAGCGCCCGCCGUCAACAAUGAAGGGAGUACUAAAGAGAAGAAGAUGGACAUUUCUAGAAGCUUUGAUGCGAGAAGACUUCGACGGAAACGCAGGAUUAAUCGAGGCGGACGCGUGAAAAUGUCAGCAUCUUCUAAGCGGCGCGAACAACAAUCGGCACUGCAACGGUCCGGUGCCGUCGGUCGUAAACGUUCUCGAGAUAUUCGAAACUACGAAGUCGCUUCAGACUCGGACGGUACCGACGACGACGAUGACUAUUACGACGAUGACGGCGAAGAAGGCAACGACGGCGGAGGCUACGGCGCGGCAGCAAUCAUGGAAGAGUUCGAACCAUCCGAUAUCGACGAAUCCGACGACGACGAUUCGGACGACAACAACGACAAUAACGACGGUGGUUUUGGUAUGCGCGGUGGUGGUAUCACCGGAUGGGGCUAA